UUCCGAAGCAUUUGGAUCACUUGUUUUGGGCCCAACACUCCAUAGUCAAUUUCCAUUUCUCUUCUUCUUCCACUUUCCGCCUAACUAUGAUUUGAUUAAACUUCAACAAACGACUAUCAAUCAAAGAUCAAAUUACUCCCUCGCACGAACCAAGCAUGGAAAAUAAUGAACUGGGUUUGGAUUCAACCAAGAUGAAGAAGAAAAACCCAGAAGGAGAAGUAGAGGUGGAGGAAGAAGAGGAGGAGAAAAAGGAAAACCACCAGUGGUCGGUGGAGCGUGUAUUCGAGAACCAAGAGGUGCCUUCAUGGCGGAAACAACUGAGCAUAAGAGCCUUCGUUGUGAGCUUUGGGCUGAGCAUAUUGUUUAGCUUCAUAGUAAUGAAGCUUAAUCUCACAACUGGAAUCAUACCUUCGCUUAAUGUAUCUGCUGGUCUUUUGGGUUUCUUUUUCCUCAAGAUUUGGACUACUUUGGUCGGAAAAUUUGGCCUCUUCAGCCAACCUUUCACCAGACAAGAGAAUACCGUCAUCCAGACCUGCGUUGUAGCAUCCUCCGGCAUCGCCUUUAGCGGUGGUUUUGGGAGUUACCUCUUUGGCAUGAGUGAUACUAUUGCAAAACAAUCAGCAGAAGACAGACGUGAUUAUAAAAAUCCAUCGUUAGCAUGGAUGAUCGGCUUUCUGUUCGUAGUUAGCUUUCUGGGCCUCUUCUCAGUGGUGCCUCUCAGAAAGAUUAUGAUCAUAGACUUCAAAUUGACAUAUCCAAGUGGCACUGCAACUGCUCAUCUCAUCAACAGCUUCCACACCCCUGCAGGAGCCAAACUAGCGAAGAAACAAGUGAAAACAUUGGGAAAAUUCUUCUCCUUCAGCUUCUUGUGGGGCUUCUUUCAAUGGUUCUAUACUGCGGGAGAUAAUUGUGGAUUUUAUAACUUUCCUACAUUCGGGCUGAAAGCUUAUCAAAACAAGUUUUACUUCGAUUUCUCGGCAACGUAUGUUGGAGUUGGAAUGAUUUGCCCACAUAUUGUGAACAUAUCAGUGUUGCUUGGAGGAAUUCUUUCAUGGGGUUUGAUGUGGCCUUUAAUAGAGACCAAAAAGGGUGAUUGGUAUUCUGCAGACCUCAAGUCAACUGACAUACAUGGCCUUCAAGGUUACAGGGUGUUUAUUGCCAUUGCCAUUAUCUUGGGUGAUGGUCUGUACAACUUCUUUAAGGUGCUAAGCCGAACUCUUGUUGCUUUGUUUCUCCAACUCCAAAGCCGAGGCGCAAGCAGUGGUCUUCCUGUUGUUGAUCAUUUUUCUUCUAAGAGCCCUAAGCUCUCUUAUGAUGAGGAACGCCGCACACAACUCUUUCUCAAAGAUCAAAUUCCAACAUGGUUUGCUGUUGCAGGCUAUGUUACAAUUGCUGCCAUCUCUACCGCAACUCUGCCACACAUAUUUCACCAGCUCAAGUGGUAUUACAUACUGGUCAUCUACAUCUUUGCGCCAGCCUUAGCAUUCUGUAAUGCCUAUGGGUGUGGACUCACCGACUGGUCUCUUGCAUCCACCUACGGGAAGCUUGCUAUUUUCACAAUCGGGGCAUGGGCUGGUGCUUCACAUGGUGGAGUUCUUGCAGGACUUGCAGCUUGUGGAGUGAUGAUGAACAUUGUCUCCACUGCCUCUGAUCUCACUCAGGACUUUAAGACAGGUUACUUAACCUUGUCUUCACCACGAUCAAUGUUUGUGAGCCAAGUUAUUGGAACUGCAAUGGGUUGCAUUAUUUCCCCAUGUGUCUUUUGGCUCUUUUACAAGGCCUUCGAUGAUCUCGGGCAACCCGGAAGUGAGUACCCUUCUCCUAAUGCUGUUAUAUACAGAAAUAUGGCUAUAUUGGGAGUUCAAGGCUUUUCAGCUCUGCCAAAGGAGUGCCUAUUGCUUUGUUAUGUGUUCUUUGGUUUAGCCAUUGUGAUAAACUUGAUCAAAGACUCAUCCAAUAAGAAAUGGUCAAGAUUCAUUCCCCUCCCAAUGGCAAUGGCUAUACCUUUCUAUCUGGGGCCAUACUUUGCCAUUGACAUGUUUGUGGGAAGCUUGAUUCUAUUUGUGUGGCAGAAGAUUGAUAAAACAAAAGCAGACUCUUUCGGCCCUGCGGUGGCUUCCGGUUUGAUCUGUGGCGAUGGAAUAUGGACUCUACCCAGUUCAAUACUCGCCCUAGCAGGGAUCAAACCACCCAUUUGCAUGAAGUUUUUGUCAAGGGGAUCAAAUAGCAGAGUUGAUAAGUUUUUAGGGUCAUGAGGCUGAUUCUGAAUUUGAAGGAAUAGUUUUUUGGGGGCAAUUCUUGUCUAGACGGGUCUGUAUAAAGUUUCAUGUUGAUCCACUGUGAUUUUAUACUAUAAAAUCAUGUAGAUCCCUCUAGAUAAGUAUUUUCAAUAGUUUUAGUGCUUCCUAUACUUUGGGUUAUGGAAUGAAAUCUCAACUGAAGUUUGAUCAUUAUUUAUAUUACAGGGAUUGGCCUUUGCCUUAAAGCUUUGUACUUGAUUGUUGGGAAUCCCUACAUUGUGGUUAAAAAAUGCUAUUUUUCAAGUUAUAUUUUAGUUAUUAAAAACAUUUUCUA